AUGUUUGCGGUUAAUGACCCCAUAGUUGCUUCGGUUAGAUCCAGCCCCCCUGUGAACUCCAGUUACUCCUUCACAUAUAACAAAUUCAGGCAAAUUUUCGAUCGGCUCGAACCUGUGGGGGAUCACCCCACCUCCACCAACUGUGAAAUAAUCGACAGCGCUUUCCCUGGCCUCAAGGCCACAAUGACUGCUGAAUGUGCCAAUGAUCACUUCUCUAGGAUGCUCAACAAUUACAAGGAGAGGAGGUUUAACAUCAUGUUCACCGAUGCAUCGCUCUCUGACAGUAGGACUGGUUGUGGCAUAUAUAAUUACAACUGUGACACUGAAACUUCAUUCCACCUACCCUUUAAGUCGUCCACAGCCUUUGGGGAACUCUUGGCCAUUGAAGAGGCAAUUAAUAUCGCCUCCAAUAAUAACUACCGCAAAUUAGUAAUUUUUACUGACAGCCGUGUGUCGUGCCAAACCCUUAAAAACCCUAACUCACUCAAUAGCAUCGCUAGUAGAAUCCUACGAAAAGUCCACCUAGCUGCUUUCGACAGUAUCCACAUUGUAUGGAUACCCAGUCACAAAGGUAUUCCGGGGAAUGAAAGGGUAGACAGCAUUGCCAAAAAGGCAAUUGACAAUAGCAGUUGUAAAGACUACUUAUAUACAACCGACGAAGCUAUCAAGCAGAUAAAAGAAGCUCUGUAUAAUGAAUGGUAUGCCGGUUUUUGUGUGGUCAAGCUGAUGGAUACGUCCAUCAGACCUUCCACUGCAGGCGGCACUCGACGGUUCGUGACAAAAAUCUAG